AUGGUAUGGAGCCAGGAACAUGACCUUCUGUUAUUAAGAGAAAUCCUGGUUUCACAACCUUUCAAAUUCCCUUUUGGCAGCAGAGAGAGGGGGCAAUGCUGGAGCAAAGUGGCAAAAAGGUUGAAUGACUGCCAAAAUCAAAAAUUUUAUGUAGACCAGAGGGCAGUGAGAGAAAGGUUUGAAAAAAUAGAGAGGGAUUUUAGAAGGAGAAUGGCACAAGAGGAAAGGGCCAGUGGAAUAGCAGUAGAAGAGAAUGAGCUUGACCAGGCAUUGGAAGAUAUUAUUGGAUUUACAGAAGCAGCAGAGGAGGAACUUGCCAGGAAAGCUGAAGAGAAGAAAAACAACAGAGAGAAAGAAAAGGAGACAGCCGAGGAUGUGAGAAAAAGGUCAAUGGAGAGGCUCAGUCAGACACAAGUGCGAGAAAAAAAUGAAAGUGAGAAUAAAAGGAAACGGUCAGGUGAAAAUACUAUGGAGUUUUUAAGAGAGAAGGCAUUGAAGGAGUAUGAGAUUCAGAAAGAAGAAAUAACGUUAAGAAAAAAAGAGAUGGAGAUUAGAAUUGAGGAAGCAGAUAACGAGAAGAAGAGAGAACAGUUUGAGAGGGAGCAAAGGGAAGAGGAGAGGAAAAGGAGAGAAAAGUAUGAAGAAACCAUAAUCAGCCAACAACAUCAAAUAAUUUAUCUGAUGCAAAAACAGCAGGAGCAACAGAAACAGAUUUUGCAGCAGAUGCAGCAACAAAAUACUGCAAUUAUUUCCAUUUUGGCAAAGUUGGCUGAGAGGCAGUAGACUUUAAAUAUUAUUUUCUUCUCCUUUUAUUCAUUGUAUAAAAUAAAUACAUACUUGUGCAUUCCUUUUUUCGUCUAGCUUCUGCAUGGAAAACAACUAUAACUUGCCACUAGUUGAGGCACUCUGAUUAUAUAUUGUCUUUAGAUUAGUACCACUGAUAUCAAAACUUUUUGAAGCUUUGAUUGAAAAAUUUACAUUGCUUUUACUUCUUUCUCAGGCCAGGGUUGGUAAUUUUUUAAGGCAGGUUUUCAGAUAUUUGAAUAUUUAGAAUUGUGUUUGAUUUUAAAAUAAGGUUUGGCUUGUGGCUCAUUUUUUUUUUCUGGUAAUGUGGUGUUGAAGUCUCUUGAAUGUUGACAACCAUAUUAAAUAUUAAAAAAUGGUAUGUUGUGUGAGAGAUUAUAAUCACAUGCUUCAUGGGAAAACACAUUCCCUACUCAGAACAUUUUGGCCCAAGUGCAAUUGAUGGAAAAAAACACACGCAGAAACAAUUAUUAUAUGUCUGCAAAAUGCAUUUGUUAAUUUUUCUUAAACCUGUAUGGCAUAAAUUUGGCUUUUUGCACUUUCUUGACAGCAAUGUGAAUUUGCCUUAUUGUGGCCUUGGCUUGAAGCACGAGCAAUGACCUACCAACCAUAGCACAAGUUCUGAAAGUACCCAGAAUAUAAAAAGAAAAUAAGUGUGUGUGUUAUCUGUAGAGAGAAACUUGGCAAAUUUGGUAGCUUUUAAAAAAGCUGUUUUAUAGGGUGAUCUUGAGACUAGUUUCCAUCUAAAUUGCUAGUUUCCAUUAAGUAAAACUGGAGGGCAGGUGGCUGUAAAUCAAAGAAGGUUGCCGUAUUUGAUCCAUAGAGGCAGAUUAGAGCAUUUCGUAAAAGAGCACACACAGUAUACAUCUUCCCUACAGGGCUCAAACCAAUCUUCAGAUCUUUUUUGAAAUCGCAGAGCUUGAAGUAAGACACAAUUUCACGAAAGACCCACUCAACUGAAACACGAACCUGACUCAUAGACUGGUUGAAUGCUUGCUGUUCUAGGGUCAAACCUUGUCUUUGCAAAAAUGGGCACUGCAGAUGUUCUCGUAGAGGGUAGGCUGGGUCACCAUAAAUGCAAAGUGCUUGGCCAUGGGGUGCAAAUGAGUGCCUUUCUAACUCACCCAAUAGCCCAGACAUCACAAGCAUAGCAGCAUCAUGCCUUCUCCCCUCUACAGGGCCAAAUAAAUUUGCAAUCAUACCAUUGGGGGCAACAACAGACUGAAAUUUCAACGAGUGUACUCUCUUGUGGCCAUUGUAAACUUCCCAUUGUAAACUUCCCAAAGUAUUGGGUCUGCAUAUAGGCCUUACAGUCCCAUCUACAAAACCCCAACAGUUAUCUAAUGCUCCCCCUUUUCUAUGAACGGCAUGUGCAAAUACAGCAAGGUUUUCCCUAGAUAACCAAGGUUGAUCCAUACUACUUAGUAGAUGACCAUAUUUUUGAUAAAUUUCCUCGAUUACCAGGUUACUUAUCAUCGAUAAUUGGGGAACAGGCCUUGCAAAGCGAUGGAUCAGGUCACUAUAUCUGCAUGGAUAUGCAAGCCUUCUCAAACAAAUACACGUCGCUUCAACUGAAUCAACAACCCCGUUGUAACAUUUAAAUUGGGCAGGAAAUCCGAAAAUAUCUACUAAUGUGUAGACAUCAUCCUUCCACAUCCGAAACUCGGCUUUACACUGGUCUGCGCUCAUCAGAUCCAAAUCGAAUUUAUCAUACCUCCAGUACGGAAAAUGUGGAUUUCUUCGCCUAUUCACAUCAUAGAGCAGCAGAAGAUCUACAUCAUCAAUAACAUUCGCGUCAUAAUAUCCCAAGAGCAGGUUAUUUAGAUUAUCGAUAUUCGCCAUGCUUAUUAUUUUCUUCACAGUUAAAUUUGGCGCCAAAGUACCACCGUCUUGACAAUCGUAAGCGAAAAAUUCAGACUACGCAAUCGCUACGGGGGUCCCAGACCUCCUAGCCGUCGUAGUCAGAUCCGUAGUCAAAUCGUAAGCUCUCUAUUGCCGAUCAGAAAGCACUGACUGAUCUGGAAAAGAAACUAUAUACAGGUAUUGAAUAAAGGAAACAACCACUGGAGUACAAUUUCAACUAUUGGUAUGAGUGAAACAUCAUCUGUCCCUGUUUAUGAUAGUCUUCAGAAUUCAAGAUUCGACUUUCAAAUUCAAAAUGUCAUUGCCAGUUUAAUCCAUUCACUAAAACAAGAAAUCUUAAUCAAGGUAGAGGAUGUUCAGAAUCAGGAAGAUGGUAACAGUUGUGGGCUCUUUGCUAUAGCCUAUGCAGUUACUCUUUGCUUUGCAGAUGACCCACGGCAAAUUCAUUUUGAUAAAAGUCAGAUGCGAAAUCAUCUAAUGAAAUGUCUUUGCAAGCAUGAAAUGACCAAGUUUCCACAACUGACCACCAGCAGAAUGCCACAUCAUGGAAAGUUGCUAUCCUUUACUGUCAAUUGCACUUGUCGUCUACCAAUUGAUGCAGAUGAUGUUUGGAAGGUUGAAAAAUGUCCACUUUGUGGAGGAAGAUACCACAAAAAAUGCAACACAGGGAAGAAAAGAAUCAAGAUCAUCAGAAAUGGCAUAAAAAGAUGGUUUUGCAGCAAAUGCACUGACCAAUGCAACAUUUGUGCCACCUAUGAAAUUAAAGAUAAAGAUGCCCUUCCAUCAACUAUAACUAUUCUUUCUGAAAAAUAACAAGAAAUCAUUUUUAACACUGCAUUAAAUAUAUAUCGACUAAUUCAGCUGCCUAAUUUUUUUUCAAUUUAUCUGAUUAGGUAAAUACGACUGUGUUUCUGCGUUUGAAUGUUAAACAUGUAAUCAAUCUCCAAACUAUAAUAUGUUUAUUUAUCUUACCUGGCAUUCAUCUUUGAUCUCUCAUUCUUGAUAAGCUUUUGCUCUAAGACAAUCAAUCAGUCGUCGUACAUGAGACGUUGAAUAGGCCUAAAUUUCACAACCCCACUCCUUUUAUUAAGACAUCCUAUUAUUUUUGGCAUCGAAUAGUACCUCUUUUCAAUAGAAAAAGGAAAAAAGGCUAAGGGUUCCACUCCAUAAACAGGACAGCCGCACAGCAAUGCUCUUUCGCUCUAGUCUUUUGGUGGUAGCCAUUGAUAAGUUUCGUUGACAGUCCCAAUAUUCAUUUCCUCGUGUUCCUCCAAGUGUUCGUUGUAGCUACUGAUUAUUGGUCGCAGUAUCCGAUAAGAACGAAAAAGCCAUUAUACUAUCAUUAUAUUUUAAUCUUCUUGGAAGUUUCCAUUAUGGUAUUGCUCACGAGAUUGAUUUUAUAACUACAUAAAGAUAAAAUUUUAUAAGGGAUUUGACCGUGAUUGGGACCUGGGGGGGGGGGUAAAUUUUCCCCCCAAAACGAUUUUUGCAGUCUAAUCACUUACAAGUUUUGAAACUUCCCUAAAAUCUAAGAUAUAAGCUCAAACAAUAUGAAAAAAUGUAUUUGGCCUUUAAUUAUGGCAAUAAAACCAUAUCUGAGCUUAAAAAAGUCAUAUAAUAAAGUUUGGGGAAAUUCCCAAAACGAGAUCGUAUUAUCUCAUUUCCAUAUAAAUUUCUUUUUGUGACCUAUUCUCAUUCAUGCUCGGAAAAUUUGUUAGGUUUUAUAGUUUUUGUUGUUUCAUUUUUCUAAUUGUCAUUGCCAGAUUGUCAUAACUGUUUGUUUUCCAGACAAAUUGCAUCAUGUUACUUUGAUGUGGUUUUGUUACUCUAAUGUGGCAAUAAAACACAAAAAUUGGUCAAGAAUUAAGAAAAAUAAGAAGCAACAAGAUGUGGUACUACAAAAUGUCAGAAUAAAAUAGCUUUGAUAUUAGAAGUAGGUAUACCUGCAAUAUAAAUUAUAUAUACCAAUGUAAUAUUUCAACGAAAUCAGAUUCUUAAACUAAAGAGACUGUAGCACCAUACCGAUUUGGAUUUGGAGCAUUUGUUUCACACAUGUAGCCAGUAGGAAGCAACUCAUCACCUACAACUUUUCUGCCCAAAUAAGUUUGGUAGCCUCCAUUUGUUUCUUUUGUCUUUCGUCCUUCUGUUGUUUUGGUAACUUUUGUUGCUUGUCCCAUGUUAGAGCUUAAUUUGGCAAACUUUUCUGAAAGAAAUUCUGCUGCCUUAACCUUUCAAUUAUCAAUGCUCUUUUGACUAUGUGUUGGCCUCCUUGGUGGCACAAAUGUUGUUCCAAAAUCAUGGAGCUUAUGCUUCAGUGCAUCAGUUUAUUUUGCCUUGUGUGAUAUUUUGUCAGCAUUAUCAGUUUCUGUGGUCCUAGCCCUUAAUAAUGAGUGGAAAUUUUCAACAGGGUAUUCAUCAAAAGCUGGAAGAAAGGAAAAAAUAGGAAUGAUGAUUGGAUGCCCAACCAAUUUCCAGUACUCAAUGUUGGAAAGAGCUAUCAAGGGAGCCUUGCCAUAAUGUCUUCUCCUGAACACAAGAAACAUUACCCAGCAAUGAAAUAAAGAUUGAUAAUACUCAGUUGCCAUAUUACUUUUGAAUACCAAUGAGUAAAUACUGAGUGUCAUAGAAAUGUAAGUGUCGAGGAGAUUGGGUAAUGUAAGAUAUUCAAUAUCUUUACAAUUUGGAAAGGCAGCAAUGAUCUCAUCCCUAACCAAUGUCCAACCACCAUAUAGCACUUCCAAAAAGAAUGAAAUUAUGUAUGGCUUAGGCUUUUUGAAUACAGCUCAGCAAAGAAAGCAUUAAAUUUUAUGAAGACAAUUUCUCUUGAAUUUAAUGAAAUAUGCAAUGGGCCUAUGAAAGGAACAAUAUUGCUCCAUUAAUGAGAUAAUGUAUCAUCAUCUUUGUUAUACACAACUUGACGAACAAAGAACUGAGCAGGGCAAUUACCAACAAGAGGAACAACAUAUCUUUGAAGGUAUGAUAACAAACCGUUUUUAAGCAGUAUGGCCCAAGCAGUGCAAAAAUUGUCAUAUGAUUUUAGUGGCAUCUCUAUUGAGUCAACUAGCUUGCAGUUAUCCAUAGAUCUUAGCUGUGUCAUUUUUGGGUAAUCAUGGAUAAACAACCUAUGCCUUUCUGAUUGAGGGUCAAAAAAACUCUGCUUUCAUCCAGUCUGGCAUUACACCGACAUAGCUCUUUGAUAAAAAAUCAAUGUUAUUGUCAAGAACACUUUUUAAGUUCUCAAAGUUUGCUGGCUUUAUAUCAUUGACUGGAAAGGUUGCAUGGCUAAUUGCUUCAACACUUGAGAAUGACUUCAAUAGAAGUAUUGCCAUGUGGGUGACUUGUGAUGUUGCAGAAGUAGUGGCACGUCCAUUAGCAUGGAUAUUAUGGUAGUCAUCUAUGAAAAUUACCACCAUAUGUCCCUUUUCUGCUGCAUUUUUAAAAAAAAUCAUUCACAAUUUUGCUAUGAUUUGCAGCAAUGCCUUCAUUAAUGUUAAUUACUGUGCGUGGGUGUGCUGCCAAACCCAUAUUAUGGAGGGUUUCCAUGCCCUUACUUGUAACCCCAAAGCCUCUUAGAAACUUGGCAGUUGCCACUUGAAACCAGUUAGCCCUUUGCGACUGACCGUAGACAAGACUGUAUAUAAUUGAAACAGCUCUUUUUUCAAUCAAUUUUUUUCUUUCAGCUGUUUGUCUGGCAGUUGACAUAGCUUCUACUAUCAUUUCAAAAAUUGUUGUUGCCCCUGCAUUACUACAAAGCUUAUUAAAUCGAGCUGGAUCAGUAAUUGGUUCACCAUUUUCACCAAACCUUGGGAAACAUUUUUCCCCUAUUUUUGAGACUUGAGAUUUCAAAUUGAUUCUAGCGUUACCAAUUUCUUGUUACCAAUCUCAAAAUUAUAUACUCUUUUAAAUUUUACAACAUAACAUAAAAUAUAUAACCAAAGACUGUAACUGAGUUUUUAAUUUUCAAUGUUGCUUUCCACCAAAGCCAUUCCGUCUUGAUUUUAUCAGAAGUCAGAAAGUCCAACGAUUCCCGUACUAGGUAGCAGCAGCUGCUCAAAAGGCAUCCACCAAAAAAGUUUUCUCUUGAAAAUUAAUCGCUUCGCCAUAAAAAGAUGAGUUGCCUGUUAGCUAGGUAUAAAACUGGCUUUUCAUCUAAAACUUGCCGCCAAUGUGUCGUAGAGACCAACUACCAUCUCGAGUGGACUUCGUAAUAAUUCUAAUUUAAUAAUAAAAUGUAAUAAUAAAAUUUCGUCUUGUUGGAAGUUGGAUAGAAUGUGGCUAGCCCCAACCCCCCCCCCCCCCUCCAGGAGAUAGGAAAAGUUCAACCUAAGAUUUUAGGAAUACUACGUCAAGUUAACUCAAAAGCAGCAAGAAUGCUGCAAGAAAGUUAUGGUAGCCUUUUAAUCCCAAUUAUCAUGCAAAAAAUGCCCAGUGAACUCGUUGUCUACUGACUUCAUUCUCUGGGAGCAGUUCGACUAUGAGGGGCAAAAGCAAAGCUACCCAAACUGGAGCUGCAAACUUUUGGCAGAACGCCACAAGAUUGGCCUGGAUUUUGGGAUGCGUUUAGCAGUACAGUGGAUUAUGAUGAGGACCUUCCGGACGCGGUGAAGUUUCAAUAUUUGAAGAAGUCAUUGUUGGAGCCAGCGAAGUCGGUAAUUUCGGGAUUCAAAAUGACAGCGUCAAACUACAGAGCCGCGGUGGAGCUGUUGCAUCAAUGCUUUGCGAAACCGACAGUGAUCAAAAGAGGCCAUAUCAACGAGAUGCACAAAAUCAACACUGUGUAUGACGAAAGGCGGGUUGACAGGAUGCGAUCUCUGCACGACAGCGUUGAAACACACUUUCACAGGUUGGAAGCUGUGCAUGUCAACUAAGGGAGUAUGAAAGCAUUGUUGUGCCAGUUUUGCUGGAAAAGAUCCCCCAGGCCGUUUGUUUGAACAUGGUGAGAGCGUCAAGCAAAGAUCAUUUGGAGUGGUCUGUGAGAGAUUUUUUGGAAAGUUUGAACAAAGAAAUUGCAGUCAGGGAAAUACAAGCACCGAUUUUUGGGACAGGGGGCACAAAACGUAGAGGCUACGCCCCACAGAGAAUGGUAGAAAGGGUAAUCGAUGGUACAGCAACGGCAUUGCACACUUGGAGAGGGGACAGCCAGAAACGAUGUGCCUUUUGCCAAGAAAACCACAACGAAGAACGUUGUCCCAAAAUUACAAACUUGGACACACGUAAGAACUUUAUCAGAAAGUAUGGUCGUUGUUUUGUUUGCAUUAGGAAAGGGCAUAAGGCUGUAGAUUGUAGAUCAAAGAUUAUGUGUAAGAAGUGCAAUGGUAAAUAUCACGUAUCAUUGUGUUAUUAUUCCAAGAAUUCAACCGUAGAGAACUUUGUAGCAAGGAAAGCAGUGACAAGGAAAAGGAGAAACCACUCGCCAGGCAAAAGCGUAUCUGGGACUGGAAAAAACAGCUCUGUCAAGCCCCAUAAAAAGCUGAAAAGGGAAGAACCAAAGAAAUCACAACAGAACAAAUAUAACUGCAUUCAGUGUCUUGACCUUGCACUUGAAGGGAAAAUAUAGCAAAGGUGCACAUUCAUUUGCAGAAAUCCAGAUGGCAUUGCCCCCAAAAAGUGAAAAAUGCACAUUUGUUCCAUCAGACACAGCUGAAAUACUUGCAAUGCGUGAGAAGUAUCAAAAAUAAAAAACCAGUCUGAGAGGGACGUUGAUGUGCCUGCGAGUCAAAAGACAAUGUUGGAAAUGAUAAAUAUCAGAGCGGAGAUGGUCUUGGAGACCAAAGAAGAAACAGACCAGCCCAAUGAAUCGUCAAUGAAUACUGAGGUUUCAAAUGAAAACAAUACACUCGAGCCUCUUGAACCACUUGAUCCAUAUGAUGAAUAUUUGGGCCCUAAAUCUGCUCCAUCAACCUUAAUUCAGUUUAAGGAAAACUCCACUGACCAUAUGGGAGCAACUUUGCAAACAGUAAUGAGUGCUAUUGCAAAUCUGACACUCAAAGUUGAUGAGAUUGGCAGCAAACAUAAAAGGAUGACCCAACUAGCAUGUAAAGAUAGUGAAACAUCCAAGGCCAUUAUAAAAAAUAAGACAGCUGGAAAAUAUCGUAGAAUUCACAGAAGCAACAAAGUUGGUUGAAUGGUUUUAUGAUGAGAACUCUGAAACUGGAGUUCUCAGAUGUUUACCCUGCUAUCAACUGCACAUUGCCGCAAAGCCUACACUUCAAAAUUUGACACCUUUAAAGGCACAACAGUUGCUUUCUUCAAGUUCAACUGGUACACUCGCAUUUUGCAAGGUCAUAGCUCCACUUGGUAUCACCAAAAAAACUCCUGUUUUGAUCAUUUGUGCUUGAUUGGCAUCGACUCUGCGGUGCAUAAAAAGGCGAUAGAUAACAACAAAAAGAUAUCGGAAAUUGAAGCAAAGAAAUCAACGGCAAUAACUAAUAUAUUUAGAUGUGCUACAAUUGAUCUGCAACUUGGAGCUGCAGGAAGACACUUGGAAACUCUUGUUUCAUUUCUGGCACAGUGUGGAGUUAAUGUUGGCAGCAUUGGUCACAGUCGCAAGCAUUUUAAUUAUAUUUUAUACUGCCUUGAGAAAACAGUGAACAAAAAUAUAAACAACUUAACCAUAAUUAUUCAAAGCAAGGGCUUACAUAGGGAAGCAUUCCCGUGCCACAAACUUUGUGGUGAAUUCUGAACAUAGAAAGAUACAUAGGGAUACGAAGACCCGGAAGUUGAUUGCCAUGACAUUUCCACCAAGCGCCUUGUAGAGGAGCUUUACAAAAGCAAAACUAUAGGUAUUAAAAAAUUAGCGCGACAGGUAAAUGUAAGCGCGAAGGGAUCUAAAUUGGACAUCAUAGGUUGAAUCAAGGCAUCACUAGGUGAAGACGCUAACCGUUUCAACAAAAAACUAACAAAACCCUUUGGUCGUUCUAGCGGUUGGCUUACUAUCGCUUGUCAGCAUGGUAUUAUAUACGCGGUUAUAUGAGAUAAAUUAUAUACGAGACUACAUAGAUAUACUAAGGAGUCUCAAACAAUUGCCAGAUGUCUUUAUAAAUGAAAUGGCACAUCUAGUUGCUAUGCAAGGAAACAGGUGUGAAGAAGGAUUUUUUAGUCCCCAUGAAGGUCGAGUCCCAGAAGCCACGCAAAACAAUGUAGAAAGCGCAAAUCAAGGAAAAUUUUCGAUUUUAUUUCCUUGGCUUGAAACUAAUACCCAAGAAGAGCAGAACAACCUCCCAGUUACCGGCAGCAACAUAAGGCUUGCGCUAUUUGACAGGUUUCACGAAUCGAACACAUGUAGUAGAGUAGAGUGGCAAAUCGAUAGAAGAAUGACAAAGAAUAUUGGAUGUGCCACUUGUGCAGAAGCAUUUGUUUUAGGAUAUGCUGAGAAGGACCAUGCUUAUGUCUGUUCCCCUUAUGCCAGAUUUCUUGAGAGAAGAAAUAAUGGUGGGCUAAUUGUCACUUCUUAUGGUGUUCUCCAGGUUUUGAGAUAUGCCGAGAAGAUUUUCAGACUGAGAGUCGAAAGUGAGAAAGGAAUGAAGAUUAGCUCUGAACAACAUCUCAUCCGAAACAUGACAAAUGAUGUUUUGCUUAUACAUGGAAAAAAUAUUAGAAAUUUUUUUCCAGACAUGCCAAAUCACCGAUUUGAUGAUGAGCCUGUGUUAAUGGAUGACCAUCUCACACAGAUAAUCAAGAAGCUUUGUGAGAGAUAUCUACUUUAAAGACUCCAAACGUCAAAAAGCAUACAUGAGACAAGUUCUUCAAAAAAAACAAUCCGAGUAUCAGACAUCAAAUGAAUAAGCUUAUUGUAUUCAAGAGUAUCUAACUAAGUAAUGUAGAGGAGUAUUGUUUGCGCUUACCUCUUUGUUGUCCACUUCUUGUUUCUUUGCCUUGCCCUUUAAAACCAUCACAGAGCUAGGCCGUCUUAACUUGCUUCUAAUACCAUUGUUUAUUGUAAAACACAAUUUGUUACCGACUAAACCUUCUCAUCUGAUCUGAUAUUUACGAUACUGUACUAGUUUUAUCGGUUCCCAACAUUGUUUAGUAAGAUAUAUUUAAGCCAAGAAACAAACCAGUCCAGCAACAUCAGAACUUUGUUUUGCCGUGCAAUCAAUAUGGCGCUGGCUGCGCAGUAGCGGCUUGAAAUGUUUGUUUCGGAACAGAGGCUAGUUGGCCCUGUAGCUUUUAUUUCUACCUCAUUGGAUUAAACCAACUCAUGGUCCAGCAAAGAUUUAAAAAAAAUAACAAGGUCAUCUACGGGAAAUUGUUAGUGAAAGAACAACAGAAACAAGCUUAUGACUCAAGACAUCGCUGAAAAAAGAGUAAACCAUUGACCAUUGGAGAAACAGUUCUCCUCAAGAACUUUAGAGCCAGCGGUCUACAAGAAAAGUUCCUUGGAUCUCACAUUAUUAUAACGGUUUGAGACAGAGAUUAUCAAAUCGAUUCUCUAGUUAAUAAAAAACGUAAGAUUGUACCUCUCAAGCUCUUUAAGGUAGUUAACAACCUAGGACAAGUUGAGGAAGACAAUGCAGAUCUUUACAGCCAUGAAUCUGACAGUGAUGAAGUGAUGUUUGAUCCACCAUUCCUAAUGGUGGAUCACGACAGAGAAAGAGACAUUCCAAUAGAAGUAAACUGGCCUUAUAAUUUGAUUUGUGAAAGAAGAUAUGGAACUCUGGUUACAAGGUUUUAGGAGGGAGGGGAGGAAUUAAACUCUGUAUCUAGAAACAGGUGUGCUUGCUGACGUUUCACACUUGGUUUGAAGAACAUUUAAAAGUUCACUUAAAAAACAAAAAAGGGACAAAUUAUGGACUUGGUUUAAAAUGGACACACAAAAUUUUUGCUCACAGUUACUGUUUAUAAAGUUUUGGUUUAUCAGGUAUCAUUUUUUGUGAGAUAUUAUUUUAUUAUCCUUUUUGUUGGGGGUUAUGCACAUUUUAGGCUGGGGGAGUGUGAGGAUAUGAGUAAUGAGAGAGUGGAACAAGAGUUAUUGUUGUUGUGAUUAGUGAGCGAGAGAGAAGAGAUUAAAGUUGAAGUGGAGAUAUACUUCAACUCUGAUAGGUCGUUCGACAACACUGAAGGAGAAGUAUGAACCAAUUGAACAGGUUUUUGAGUGCAUUAAAUUCUACAAUCAUAAUUGGAAAAUCUGUGUCGACCUGAAAUGGUGAAUUUCCUGCUUGGAUAGCAGGUAUUUCCUGCUUGGAUAGCAAUCUGCCUAUACGAAACAUCGGUGCUUCUUGUGUAUGUGGGACAGUCGCAAUAGAGUCAACCAUUGGGUAAAAAAGGAUUGGAAACCUUGAGAAAAACUCAGAGCUGGAGACAAAAAUAUAGCAAACAAACCCCUUGUACCCAGAGACAGGAUAGUACUCCCCCUCUACAUAUAAAGUUGGCACUGAUCGAGCAGUUAGUGAGAGCUCUGGACAAAGAUGGAGAGUGCUUCAGAUACAUUUGCCAAUCAUUUCCUGGUCUGAGUCUUGAGAAACUUUAAGUCUGACAUCUUCAAGAACUGUUGCUUUUACUUGACCAAAUGAUGAUAUUGCUGUUUUGUUUGUUUAUAUAUUUCUCAUGCGUUGAAAAGUCUAAGAUAUUUGCGUUCGUCUAUUUUGAGGUACUUUGUAUCUAUCAAAAUUUGUAUCUAAUUCCAGUUUUUGCUCAAAAUCGACCACUUUUAUAAAUUUAGGGCAAAAAAUUAAAUUAAAAAAGGAGAAAAUCUUGAAUUUAUGGGGCAAAAUGAAUAUUAUUUUCGGAAUCAGCAUAUGUCAAUUGGGUGAAAUCACCUCAAAUGGAAAAAAGCAGGGGCAAAAAUGUUUGUUGUUGAUCUCAACGAUUCGUUUUCCAAUAUUAUGCUUUUUAUAGCAACUUUUUUAGUUGUUGAAGAAGUAAUUGAACGUGACCAUCGUCAAGUGAACUGCGUAUUUGUUGACACAAGAAUUUUACUCGAAGAAUGUGAAUACUUGAAGAAAUGUUCUACAU